CUUACUCUACAAUCAUUGGUCGAGUGACGGCGCCAGGCCCCCAUUCCGCCACCCUGAUUGGAGAACGGGUCGGUGCGGUUGUCUGGAGCCGGCUACUCUAUGCAAGAUGGCGGCGGGAAUCCAUCAGGACUGGAGAUGGUGAUAAGCGGCCGGAGCCCCCUCGUUGGAGAUUAUCAUUCAACCAGCCAGAUCUGACAGGUAAAUCUUUAGGUGUAGUGUCCAUCCAAUGUGCUCAAUCAGCACAUGGGACCAGAGGGCAGCAGUCAGUAUGGAGACGUAUCGUACCAUGACGUGGAAGACAGUGUGUUUGACCGCUCAGAUCUGACUCUACUGGUUAUGCUAUCUAUGUAGAAAAAAAAUCCGGAAAGCACCACAAUGUCUGCCUAGCGCUCUUCUUAAGCUGAAUACAUUGUGAUUUCCAGUAAUAGAGACAGUAUUUCUGAAGGCUGUCUACAUUAAUGAAAAGAGCAAUGUAGUCAGCUUAACUGAAUCAUCUGUGUUGCUAAUUGAGAUAUGCUAUAUCCACAUUGUUGGACAGUCACCUACUAAGAGUAGUUAUUUGUUAAGUACUUCUUGUGUAGUCUUUUAGUCUUUAGUUGUGCUAACUUAGUAUUAAGUAUGGAGCAGUGUGAGUUUGUAGCCCCUCCCCCUGACGAACAUGGAAGCAAAGAGAUGGAAUUCACACCUGCUUGUCCCCCACCUCUGCCGCCAAAUGAAGAGCCUCCACCACCUCCCCUGCAAACGUCCAGUGACGCAGAGGUAAUGGACGUUGGCUCUGGUGGUGAUGGACAGUCACAAACCCCAGCUGGGGACCUGCAGCUAAACUACGGAGCACAGCUACUCACUAAAGGGUCGUCUUCAUACAAGAGUCAUCUUUCAGUGGUAGAUCCAUUACUAUGUGACCAAAGUCCCAGAACAGCUCGCCAUGCACCAACAGUUAAGAGGUUUACUCCCGAUCUCAAAUUGCUUAAAGAUGUUAAAAUUAGUGUAAGUUUUACAGAGAGUUGCAGGAGCAAAGAUAGAAAGGUUUUGUACACUGGAGCAGGGUCAGAGGCUCAGACAGCCAUAGAUAGCAAUAAAAUUGUCAAUGGAGAGUUGCAUGUUUGUCCUUUUGCUGAUAGUAGCAAUGGUAAUAUUGUGGGUAAUAAUGAAAUUGCAAAUAAAAGAAAUGAGGAGGCGGAAACUGAUCAGGAAAAGAAAGUGGAAUAUGCUGUUCUCGAUGAUCUGGAGGAUUUCACUGAGAAUGUGAUGGAUAUAGACGAGGACGGAUCAGAGUUUGCAUCGGAAUCUGUUCCUCGGAGUGAUAAGAUUGAUGAGGAAUCCCUGAUGUACAACUAUGAGGAUGACUUUGAUAAUGAUGUGGAUGCACUGCUGGAGGAAAGUCUUCAUACACCCAAGAAGAGAAAACUGGAAGAAACAUAUGACCAUGAAAGUGACCACCCUUCUGAUGGAGACACCAGUGUGCAACCCAUAAUAACCAAAAUAAAAACAGUAUUAAAAAGUCGUGGUCGCCCUCCUACAGAACCCUUACCUGAUGGUUGGAUAAUGACAUUUCAUAACUCCGGCAUUCCUGUUUAUUUACAUAGAGAAACAAGAGUGGUCACCUGGUCCAGGCCUUACUUCUUGGGAACUGGAAGCAUAAGAAAACACGAUCCUCCCGUCAGUAGUAUUCCUUGCUUGCAUUAUAAGAAAAUGAAGGAUAAUGAAGAGGAGCAGCGAAACAAUGAGAUUGCUUUCGCUCGCCGUCCAUUGGAAUCCCCAUGUGAAAAAUCUUUGGAGCACCAGACUGAAGAGCCGGACUCCACUGCUGCUGACAGCUUUGCCUCAGAUGACCGAGAAACUACAGGGGACAUAGCACAGGGAGCACUGGGGCAGGUGAAAGCAAAAGUGGAAGUUUGCAAAGAUGAGUCCGUUGACGUGGAAGAUUUCCGAAGCUAUUUGGAAAAAAGAUUUGAUUUUGAGCAGAUUACUGUUAAGAAAUUCAGGACAUGGGCGGAAAGGAGGCAGUUUAACCGUGAAGUGAAACGUAAGCAGGCUGAAUCUGAGAGACCGAUUUUACCUGCCAAUCAGAAACUUAUUACCUUGUCUGUUCAGGAUGCGCCAACAAAGAAAGAGUUUGUUAUUAAUCCCAAUGGGAAGUCUGAAGUUUGCAUCCUCCAUGAAUAUAUGCAGCGAGUCCUGAAAGUUCGCCCUGUUUACAACUUUUUUGAAUGUGAGAACCCAAGUGAGCCUUUCGGAGCAUCUGUAAUUAUUGACGGAGUGACUUAUGGUACUGGAACUGCAAGCAGCAAAAAACUGGCAAAGAAUAAAGCUGCCCGAUCUACACUGGAAAUCCUUAUUCCGGACUUUAUAAAGCAGACCUCAGAUGAAAAGCCCAAAGACAGCGAUGAGCUGGAUUAUUUCAACCAUAUCAGUAUUGAGGAUUCACGAGUUUAUGAGUUGACCAAUAAAGCUGGACUGCUGUCGCCAUACCAGAUUCUUCACGAGUGCCUUAAACGAAACCAUGGAAUGGGCGACACAUCAAUCAAGUUUGAAGUGAUUCCUGGAAAGAACCAGAAGAGUGAAUAUGUGAUGACUUGCGGAAAGCACACUGUCAGGGGCUGGUGCAAAAACAAGAGGGUAGGGAAGCAGUUGGCCUCACAAAAAAUUCUUCAACUCCUUCAUCCUCAUGUGAAAAACUGGGGCUCCCUACUGCGUAUGUAUGGACGAGAGAGUACCAAAAUGGUGAAACAGGAAACCUCAGAUAAAAGUGUGAUAGAAUUACAGCAGUAUGCCAAAAAAAACAAGCCAAAUCUCCAUAUCCUGAAUAAGCUGCAGGAAGAGAUGAAACGGCUGGCUGAGGAGAGGGAGGAAACCCGGAAGAAACCCAAGAUGACGAUUGUCGAGUCUGCACAGCCUGGCAAUGAACCUCUGUGUACUGUGGAUGUCUGACCCUGUACUCUAAAGGGAGCAAUAAGAAACUCUGGAGGCUUUCUUCAAUAAACUGUCCAACUGAUUGUGAUGAGAGUGAUGUGUUAACAGGGCUGCUUCCUUAUGCAUUGUCCAUUCUGCGUCAUUUGGACAACACUAUAGAAAUAUUACCUCCUUUAUAAAACAUGCUGUUUUGGUCUCAUUUCAGUUCCUCUUAUGUCCACCAAAAAAAAGCAAUGCUGCGAUGUGCAAAUCUUAAAGGCAUAAGCAUUAUAUUUAGGACAUCAAGCACUUUCCCUCCUAGGGACGCUUCUGGUAGUUUGUGUGUGUUAUGUAUGUUUUCCGUAAACUAUUUUAUUUGAAUUUUUUUUGUUUGUUAAACUGGACCUCUAAAAUAUUCUGAGCAGUUUUAUUUCACAAAUGUUUUGUUUCAGUAUGUACUGAAUGCACUGAUUAGAUGGUUAUUGAGUCUUAAGAUCCGAAGAGCCAGCAACAUAACAGAUAUGGAAGCUUCAGACUAGGGUAACCACUGCAAUAGGAUUUCUUGUGGUUACUGCCCUAUGUGCACAGACAAACUGUAAAUAUAACCCUGAAAUGAGUUUCUUGCAUUGAUCUUUACAAUUGGUGUAAGAGGGACACAGCACAAUUUCCAGCACAUAUCUAAACAUUUGGUUUUGCACAUGUCUCAGCUGCUUGUUAUAUCCUAAACACAAUGUUGCUCUGUCACAUCUACUGUACGGCCUCCUUUAACCUGAGUGGUGUGUGCUGCAGAUGUGCCUUCUACUGCCAAGUUCAGAGCAAUCAACUGCUGUAGUCUCUUUUGUGUAAAGGAUGUGGACUCAAGACAUCUUGUAAGCACAGCCUGUAUGCAAAUUGAAUGAAUGCUGUUUUCCUAUGCCCUUUAAUAGCUGCAUCAGUCUGCAAUGCAAAUACUACUUCUGUAUGUGACACACAACACACAGUGUGCGCAAUAUAUGGAGCCUGUGUGAUCACACUGCCUUGUAUUCUAGAGGUCACGUCAGCAGGAAGUUUUACAGAGGGCGCUCAAGCUGUCCUGAUAAAUUGACUAAGCACACAAAGGGGUGUCAGGCUCUUUUUAAGUUGUUGUGGAGCCUUUGUUGGUUUAUGUAGAGUGUCAGUAGGUUGCUUGCUAAUGUCCCUCAAUAGAGGCAUGAAGUAUUAGCUGUAAGCUGGAUUCUCUUGCAUCUGAUGGAUUUUGUACUUUUCAGUAAAAUGUAUUUUUAGUGAAUUAGCGCAGGCUUCUUUUUGUUAUGUUACGGAGUUAUAUUUAAAAAAAUCAUGUAAAUGUUUUUACCAGAUUUGAAGAAUAAUCAAUAAAUAUAUGUAGGAUCCUA